AUGGACACCAGUCCAAAACUAGAUGUUAUCCUCGCCAGAAAACAGGUUGUGAUCGACUCGCAGGGUGACCAGGAAUCAGCUCCUGAAAAACCGCCUCUCGAUCCCUCUGACUGGCAUCCAACGUUUACAGAGGGGUGUGAACGCGUCAAAAAUAAACUGCGUGUUGUUCGUGUGAUUCAUCACAAAGAACUGAGCCCUUUGCGUAUUGGAGAACACCUUCUACGCAGCUGGAGAGGCUGUUUUGAAUAUCACUAUGCGCUCUGGAAGGGAGGAAUUGAACACGGUGAUAUUAGUCCUCGCUUCCUCAAGGUCGGCGUUCUGAACGACUUCGAUCUCACCAAUAUUCCUGGCGAGGAUUCUAGAGGCGGGAGACGGACUGGGACCAUUGCUUUCAUGGCCCUUCAGCUAAUCGACCGCUUUAGGGAGAACCCUAGACGAUUCUACCGUCAUGAUGUUGAGUCAUUGAUUUGGGUUCUUAUUUGGAUCUGUCUAGAUUACAGGGAACACGGUGAUGCACCUCAGGGCAUGAAGGAGGAGGAUGUGCAGAAGACUAUCUCGUUCCUUCAAUCCUGGAAGACGGGAGACACCGAACAAGCAUUUCACGUCCGAACGGCAUUCUUUCUUCGCCUCAAAACGGUUGUGCCUCGCAAUGCUUCCAAAGAACUGUGGAACUUGGCAAACAAACUGGGUACAUGGGGGGACGCCUCGCAGAUUGGAGGCGAAGAUCGGUACUGCCGACAUGGAGAAAUUGUUGAACAAAUACUCCCUGAUUCUGAAGUUACCCAGCUUCACCCCGGCUUCAAACGAGUUGACCGAUACACGCCCAAGAUCGAUGCAUUCAACCAGAUCUUGAGUGUACUUGACAACCUCGACGCUCAGUCAAACGGUUGCCGCUUUCAAAAACCCACUGAAGUCACUCAGAUCUUCCACCACAACGACCCCAAAGCCAUGAAAGCUCAGCGCAAUUGCAUGGACACCCGUCGAAAACCAGAUCACUUGGAUAUCCCAAUGCUUACGGAGUCCAAACGCGCCAAAAGUACACUACGUGUUGUUCGUGCGAUUCAUCACAAAGAACUGAGCUCUUUGCGUAAUGGAAACCACCUUCUAAGCGGUUGGAGAGAUUGUUUUGAAUGCCACUAUGCACUUUGGAAGGAAGGGAUUCAACACGGUGACAUCAGCCUUUGCAACUUGUUGUGGGACCCCUCCCUCAAGGUCGGCGUUCUGAACGACUUCGAUCUCACCAGUAUUUCUGGCGAAGACUCUUACGGCGGGAGACGGACUAGGACCAUUACUUCCAUCGCCCUUCAGCUGAUCAAACCCCUUCAAAUUGUGAAGAGCCCUAGACGGUUAUACCGUCAUGAUCUUGAGUCAUUGAUUUGGAUUCUAAUUUGGAUCUGCCUAUAUUUCAAUGGACCUGAUGGCAUACAUCAAGGCAUGGAAAAGGACGAUGUGAGGGAGCAUAUCUCGCUCCUUCAGGAAUGGAAGACGGGAGACGCCCGUCGAGCAUUUCAAGUCCGAUGGGCGUUCCUAACACUUCUCCAUAGCCGUGUGCCUUGCAAGGCUUACAAAGAGUUGUGGCAGCUGGCAGAAAAACUGGGUAUAUGGGUAUCAAAGCGAGCACUGAACAAAACAGUCCAAGGCCACGAUUGCACGGAGGAGGUGGAUGUUGUCCGAAUAUUGAAGAACGAUGCUUUAUUUUGGCUUUAUUCCGACUCGGAGUCUGCAUGUAAAUACACAACAUUUCUGUCAUGUUCAUCACGCAUGCAUCUUAUCUACUGCGGGUUUGCCUCAGUCGAAACCGUUAAUGGGCAACACAUGAACCACUUCAUCGUGCAAGGCGGAAACCUGGCAGAUGGCAGGAGAGAUCGGUACCGAUGUGUAUGGAAAAUCCAAAACACACCAAAUACAAAACCUUCGGAAAUGGUUAGCGUUGCUUCGAGUGGCUCUGAAAGACACAAGACGGAGUUCUCUGGGCUUCUCAAAACAGGAAAGGUGAUGUAG